GCGGCGGCGGCUCAGCGCGGUUCCAUUGUUGCGGGAAAGGUGGAAGUGGUGACUGCGCCUGGCGUUGCCUUGAGAACGCCAGGACUCACAGUAGCAAAAUGGGCCUCACCCCGACGCCCUUCCUCCUCCUCUUCCUCCUCCCCGACCACAAAGCAAAGGGCACCCCUUCCUGGUGGAUGUGGGGGCAACAGGUGUCGGAUGUCCCAUCCAGAACUUUGCGGGGUCCGCUGAAGGACCCGUGGCGGAACCCGCCCCAAGUUCGUCAGAUUCCGCAGAUGUCUUCAGAGAAAGGCUAGGAGCUGGAAGGAGGAAAUAGUAUUGACCCGGGCCUGGGACAGCCUUUCCUGCCAUCCAGCUGACUUGGGACAGCCCCAAGCUUCUGUGGACUACAAAGAAGUACGGAGGCUGGUGGAACAAGACUGGAGUAGGAAAUGGGAGGCUCUUAAGUGGACACUCCCUGUUUUGUCCGUUUCCAAGAAACUGGACAAUGGAUCAUUUCAGGAACAUGGAUGUCAUCAAUGUCACUGCCUUGCCAAUGGUGCCAGUGGAUGAGCACCUGACUGUGCCCCUCGUGGCACGGAAUGCGGCAAAGAAUGCCCUGAGGAAGAGUCUGGAAGACAACCCGCCCUCCUGCCUCAUUGGCUCCAUACCCCGGGUGAACCAGACGAUUGCUGAGCUCGAUCUGAGUCCCAACCCAUUGGCCAACAUCCUGGCCAUUGAGAGAUUUGAGUUGGAGAAGAAGGCUUUGAGAGAGAAAAGUCGCGACAGUUCCAGAGACCGAGACAAGAGUCCAAGCAAAUCACAGUAUACUUGCAGAGGCUCAGAAUCCAGGAAUGUCAGAUCUUUCAUUUUUAAAAGGAAAAUAGCCCAUAAAAAUCUGCUGGCGGAGCUGUACCAGUCCCCAGCAUUUAACAGCGCUAUACCAAACAGGCUUCCAAACGGGGUCAACUUCUGUGACAUGGUGGGCAAUGUGGUCCGGGCCGAGAGAAACCCCCUUAGUGGCAAGUCUUUCUGUUCAGCUAAAGAAUUAGAGAAGUUUCUCUCUUCUCCUUCUCCAAGAGCCAUAUGGCUGGAUAGCUUCUGGUGGAUCUUUCAUGAGAGGUACCAGCCCAACAAGGAGGUCCAGAAUAAGCUGUUUGACCGGAUAGCCCGAAACUACGCCUCUCUCUUGUUGCGUGAAUCCAAGUCCCACUAUGAAGAGGCUAUCUUAAAAAAGUUGCCAUCGCUGCUGAGUAAAGCCGUGUAUACCAGCUUCUGCUGCUGCUUCCCGCAAUCCUGGUUCAACACGCACGAAUUCAAAUCGAGCAUCUGUAACACGAUAAGCCUGUGGAUUUCAGGUAUCUGCCCUAGCCUACAGAGCUAUAACAGUUGGGACUAUUCAGAACUGGAUCCAGAGAGAUUCCGGAGAGAAAAAUUAUUUUUGCAGAGAAGAUUGUUAAAGAAAAAAGAGUUUUCUUUGUUCAGUUCUAAGAGGCAUUUCUCCCAGACGUCUCUCCAGAACAAGAAAGUUCCCUUCCCUAAGUCUCCUGGUGCAAAUUCAACCACUGAGAAAGACUCUUCGGCCAAGAAGAGCUCACCAGAUAGAUCACAAACACAGAAUGCUGCGACAGAGCAUCACGGUCAGAUUCUGGUCUUGAGGAAAGCUACAAAACUAGUCAAGAGGAUAUCAGAAGCAAGAGAACUUCAGAAUAUGCUUCCCAAGGAGUCUCACCCAGCCUGCAAAAGCCCUGAGCUGACGUCCAACUUCUUCAACAUUUAUGGGAAGAGCCCUCUGAUUGCGUACUUCCUCCAGAACUAUGCCAGUCUGCGGCAGCAUGGUGAAGACGUGUUGAUAGUCAGGAGGGAAAGAACCAAGAGCAUCCCUGAGUCCGUCCUGACAUAUGCUGAGAUCAUCGACCUGACCCUGAGCAACAUGAAGAAGAGAAAGGACAACCUCCACCAACUGAACCGGCUGCACUGGAAUGAAUGGAAUUAUUUUGACGAGUACCUAAGAGGACUGCAAGAAAACUUCCUCAGGGAGGUGAAGAAUAUCGAUCAAAGAGCAUUAGAUAAAAAGAAGGCAAACCACAUGUUCAUCCCACCUUCCACCUUCAUUGAGGAAUCCCCUGACAAGAAAUUUGGAGGAAGUCCUGAGAAGGCGACUGCAUUUCUUUUAAGGGAGGACAUCAAGAAGUCAAAACCAAUGCAGAAAAAGGAAGCCAGAAGCCAGCUUCCUUACCCCUCACCUUCUAGCUCACCUGAAUGAUGAAUCUUUGUCCAAGCAUUGGGACAACUUUUGCCUGAAGCCGGCCCAUGUUGUUGGGUUUCAUCUAAAACAGAAACAACAAAACAAUAAUGCCACAACACAUUUAGUUGUUCCCAGUCCAUGGGACAAAGAAUAUUAAAGUUCACUUCUACCCUGGGCCAAGGUCAGGAUUUAAAUGGAAGUUAAGUCACCUCAUUUACUCAUGCAUUGACUUACUAAUUCUUUCACUCACUAAUUAGUAGUAAUACUAUGGAAGAUAUAAUAUUAUCGUACAACACAGUAAUAGUAAUCAUAGGAGACAUUAAUUGAGUACUUAAUGAUGUGCUGAGCUCUCUGGUAAGUCCUGUUUAGACCUUAUCUUGGUUAACCCUCCUAGUGGCUCCCCACCAGGUGAGUAUUGUCACCUCCAUUUCUCCUGGGAGGACACUGGGGUUUGGAGGGGUUGAGCAAGCCCUCUAGAUGUCUGUUUUCUACCAUGCCUGCAGCAGUCCCUGAGGAUACAGAGAUGAAUAAAGACGCAUUCCCUGGCCUUAAGGCUCACAGUCUGGAAGAGGGGAAGGAUGUAGAGGCCAAUAAAUACAUUAAAUCUGCGCGGAAUCCAAGAACCAAAGAGAAAGUGACUUCCUUGAGACUCAGAGGACAAUCCUUUGCACAGCUUGGGACCAAGAUCUCUGCACAGACCCCUUCUGGAAAUUACUGAGGAUUCCUAACCAUAGGCCCCUCAGGAAGUUCAAGAUGAAAAGACCUGGGGCGCCUGGGUGGCGCAGUCGUUAAGCAUCUGCCUUCAGCUCAAGGCGUGAUCCCGGUGUUUGGGAUCGAGCCCCAUAUCGGGCUCCUCCGCUGGAAGCCUGCU